ACAAUGGUAUCCCUAAAAACAACGAAGGUUUCUAUUCUGACCUUCCGGGCAAAGACCAAGAGGCGGAGCCGUAGUGGAACCACGUGACACAAUGACGAAAAACAAAUGAAUGCGAGUGUCGAUGAAGGCUGUAAUUCUCGCCGCUGGGUACGGAACCAGGCUCCAGAAAGAUGUGGCGGCCGACAUCAGCGGGGACUUUGCCCACCUGGUCGGCAUUGCUAAACCGUUACUGCCGGUGGGGAGCUGUGCCUUGGUCACUCACUGGGUUCGUGCCCUGAGCGCCUCGAACUGCGUGGACAGUAUUUAUGUCGUUACGAACGCUCUUUACCUGGCUGCAUUUCAACAGUGGGCUUCACAGUUUUCAAAUGUCAAGAUUGUCAGCGAUCAGACAAGAAGCAAUUCUGACCGUCUUGGUGCUGUAGCCUGCCUGCAUCUUGCAGUAAGACACUUCAAGAUAGAAGACCAUAUUGUCGUUAUUGGAGGUGACACCCUCUUCAAAGAGGACUUCAGUCUUAGUAAAAUUGACGCAAGAUUUUUUGAGCUCCAGGCGAAGUGUGAGGAUAACUGUAUGAUUCUCUCCUAUCAGUGCAAGGAUGAUGAAACGCAAAAAUACGGAAUAGUGGAAGUGGAAAGUGACCUUCGAGCCAAAUGUAUGAAGGAAAAACCGCUGCCCAACGAGACUAAGUCAAGAAGAGCAUGUCCUUGUUUCUAUAUGCUGUCAAAGAAAGUCCUCCCUCUACUGGACACCUUCCUCGAGGAAAAAAAGAAUGCUCGUAUUGAGGAAAAAGAUGCACCUGGAAACUUUGUGUCCUGGCUCAUCCCAAGAGCGCCGGUAUAUGUAUAUCAGAUCUCUGGGCGUUUCGAUGUUGGAAACUUGGUUUCCUAUAGAGAGUGCGACCUUUAUUUUAAGGAAAAACUGCAUAACACCAAGACAUACAUGAUGUAGACCACAGGUGUCAAACUCAAGGCCCGGCGGCCAGAUCUGCCCCGCCACAUCAUUUCUUAUGGC